CUGCCCCUAAACCACGACAUGCACUUAUAUAAUGGCAUUGAAAAUAACAUUCCAGAUCUAGAAACAAAUCAGUUUAAAAUCCAAGAUUGAUGGGAAAUAUCUCUUAUUUUUUCCCUUUCUCUUAUUUGGGGGAAGGCGAGGGAAAAAGAAGAGAGUAAAAUCAGAACCAAAUGUGGUUGGGACCAUCAGAUUGCUAGUGCUGCUCAUAUGUUGGUGUCGCAGCCCCUCUUUACUCUCAUGGCAGAUCUGACUAAUGGGCUUUUCCUCAGAGUGAAGCUUAGUUCCCCCACCCUCCACCCCCCACACAGAGCUUUAGUGCAAUGUUUUUGUGGCAAUUAUGUAAAUUAUAUGUCACACCACUGCAUAUUUUCCACAUUGUUUGAUUUGACCUUUAAAACUAAUAUGAGAAUUAUCAUUUUUACAGCUAAUUUGUGUUUCAUGGUAUGAGACAGCAGGACAAGGACUGAUGGGGGGAACAUCAGAACAUACAAGACGUUGCAGGAUAGUACUGGAAGCCCAUAAGAUGAAGUGUCGGGGUGUAUGGGACGCAGGGACCUCAGGGUUAUCAUGACUGCAAUCAGUGGCACUUCCCUGGUCUUCUGCCUGUUCUUGUUUACCAGCAUGUGAAUGUACUGCAAGCAGCAGACUUCCUCUGAGUGACUGGCCGUCCUGGUGAGCUGUUGAGGUCCAUGCUUUUCAUCACCUUCCUCUCAACCUUCAACAACUUGGAGAGAUUGGAAUCUGGUAAAAGACUCCAGGCAAAGACAUUCCACAAAAUUAUCACCUGCCUCUUCCUCUCUGAUUCCAGUCUCAGACACUGGCCUCAUGUUCAUGUUUGGCCUCUACAAUGUCAAAAAAGUAUCCUCUACCAAAAGAGAAGGAAAAGGCAAGAUGAGGAACUAAUACCGUGUGAACUCUCCCCAAAGACUAUGUGGCCAGCUGCUAUCAAAAGUGAUGGAUUCAGCACUGAUCUGCUUGGGGAGAGCAAACACACAGCGGAUCUCAACACGCAUAUCAGUGUAGAACAGAAGACUAGCUUGUCCCUGGACUUGUAUGGCACCUUCAGGUCAGUGAAAUCUCGAGACUGGACAACAGCCAGUGGUUGUAAAAGAGUCACAUUUGCUUGUAUUUAAAGCUGACAAGUAGUGAUAUUUCAGCAUGUUAUGAAAGUCUCUGAUACAUCAGACAAGUAAAGGUUCUUGAUUUUGCCAAAGCCCACUUCUCUGGCAGCGUAAAAAGCCUCGAAGCAGGUGGAAAUAGGUGCAGAGAGGAUGCUGCGAGUUCGCUGUUUAAUAUCAAAUUAUUAAAGGCAUUUCAGAAUUGCCAGUCUGUUUAGUAUUUCAAGGUAAUGAAUUUUUAUCCAAAAUUAGGACAAAAUAAAAUUUUGAAAAGUCAGGCUAUCCAACAAAAUGGAAAUUCUGCAGCUGUUUUCAAGUUCCUGACUGUGCUUUUGACCUCGAAGGACCUGAUUCAGUGCCCACCAAAACAAACAGGAAUCUUUCUCUCAGACUGAAUUACUUUGGACUCAACCUUAAGUCCAAAGAAUUUUCAAACUGAUUAUAGAGACCAAAAGGUGUUUUUUUUCUUUCUUUAAAAAUUUUAAAUAUUUCUGGUGCUAUCUUCUUUGAAAACCCAACUGACAGGAGGAAAUGUGUGCUGAACAUCUGUAUUUAAUUCAAGAUGAGAAAGUGAGAGGGCUGCUAGUUUCUACACUGAAUCCUGACUAUGCCAGAGGAUUAAUUUGGUAGAAUCAGCUGUGAAUCAUUGCUUGGCUCCAAUGCCAAAUUACUGGAUCUCUACAAACAUUGUGAUGUUAAAUGUUCAGGAACUAUGUCAUUCGGUGAGGCACGAGGCGGUAGCAACGCAUUCUCCUGGAGAAGCUGGCUGCUCACGUCUUGGACAAGUGUACCCUGCGCUGGAUUAAAAACUGGCUGGACGGCCAAGCCCGGAGAGUGGUGGUGAAUGGAGUCAAAUCCAGUUGGCAGUCAGUCACAAGUGGUGGUCCCCAGGCCACAGUGGUGGGGCCAGUCCUGUUCAAUAUCUUCAUUGAUGAUCUGGAUGAGGGGAUCCAGUGCACCCUCAGGAUCGAACAGAUGUCCUGUGACAUCCAGUAUGUGUUGGGGUAUUGAAUAUGUAGUGGAAAUGGAGCACAGGAUUAACACUGGUCACAUGUCAAUAUUCAGUUAUACUUCUCAAGUGGUUCACUGCUGGUUCUGAACACUCGAGCAUGCUCUUUGUGCCACCAGAAGUACUUCAGGAUGAGAGGCCACAUCACCUCCUCUUUUACAUCUGCAUGAACUUCUUUGUCUAUUCAAGGUGCUGAGUAUGUUGAGAAGCGUACCUGGCAGAGGUGCUAGCUGAGACAUUGGAAGCUGUUAAGGGGAAGAACGCUACUCUGAUGUUUGAUUUGCUGUGGCAAUCAAGGAAAUAAUUCCCAAAUGAAGAAUGCUUCUUGGUGGAAGGGGAUUGCCGGGUGGUGAGAGCAUGCUCUACACUAUCUUGUUCCGUGUAUCACGUUACCUUACUUGAAAGGGAUCUUUUAGUUCCUGCUGAGCAGUGUUUACACAGAGUCAAGGCCCUUUCUGCUCCUCACCCCACCUCACCAGCGAGCGGGCUGGGGAUGCACAAGGAGCCAAGAGGGGACACAGCCAGGACAGCUGACCCAAGGGAUGUUCCAUACUGUAAGACGUCAUGCUCAGCAUAUAAAGUUGGGGGAAGAAGAAGGAAGGAGGGACAUUUGGAGUGAUGGCAUUUGUCUUCCCAAGUAAACCAUUACAUGUGAUGGAGCCCUGCUUUCCUGGAGAUGGCUGAACACCUGCCUGCUGAUGGGAAGUAGGGAAUUAAUUCCUUGUUUUGCUUUGCUUGUGUGCACAGCUUUAGCUUUACUUAUUAAACUCUCUUUAUCUCGACCCACAAGUUUUCUCACUUUUCCUCUUCUGAUUCUCUGCCCCAUCCCACUGGGAGGGAGUGAGCUGUGUGAUGCUUAGGUGCUGGCUGGGGUUAAACCACAACACUUGUCCUCACCUCAGUCUUUUCCAUGCAAAUAUGAACUCCUAGCCACUUAUCAUGACCGAAAAUUUAACUCAUCGCUACAUAUUCACAAUUAAUCUGUAACUGAGUUAUCCUUACAGAUGCCUAAAUGAAGCCUAAAAGGCUGAUUCAUAAAGAAAUGAGGCCUAGGAAAAACAACAAAGAGAGAAAACUUUGGAAAUCUGAGUUCUGGUGGUGAAUCUGGUAUAAUUGUGAAGCAAAACAUUUUGGUGUUUUACUGUUUCUGUGUCAUUUUAGUCAGCUAAGGGGACAUUUUCUUGACCAAAACUACUACUUUCUUAUUAAUUGGAAUAUCUAAUUAAAAGGCUUCUUUUCCAGGAUAUAAAAAUCAAACCUCUUUAGAGAUGGACUGCUUUUUCAGUUGUGCUACUCUAUAGUGUGUCAUGGAGAUUUUCUACAGAUCUUAAUGGAAGUCUCUGCAGACCACUGGGUGGUAUGAAAUGAAGUAAAAUGCAGAAGAUGAUGUACAGACAUUUCUUUUAAACACAUUUCAGUUCAUGUGUCUCUCAGGUAGGGAUCAAAAGUUUUCCAGCACAUUUGGAAAUCACUUUAAAGGAGAAAAUGUAUUUUAGCAUUUCAAUAUAUAUUGAAGACAUGGUUUUAAAACCAAUGCAAUAAAAAUGCAGUUUUCACAGUGGCUCACUUAACAUUUAAUCUUCUGAAUGCCACAUACUCAAGUUGUAGGCUGCUUUUUCUGUAUAUCACUUACAUUUCAUUGCCAAGAUGACAGAGUAAUUUUUUUCUAAUUAAAACACUCCAAGUAUUUUUAUUCUCCCAGCCUUUCAUCCUUACUGUUUUCCAAAAUGGAUAUUGUAAUACAGCUCUCCACACUAAUUUUAAUUAUUUUGGGAGGAAAGUUUUCUGUCAAAUGCUGCCAGAGAUGUUUAUACUUUUAUGUUUUGCCUCUAAAAUCUGAAACAUGAGAAUUUGCUUCAGCAAAGACAAUAUAUGUGAGUAUUUCCACAAUCAAUAAGCUCUUGUCUUAAAAGCAAGAAUGUAUGUUAGUCCUGCUUAGUAGUUUCACAAGUGAUUAGAGCCUGACUUGUUUUAAAACUAAAUGAAUCAGCUUUAUAAAAGUCUGUUUCUCAUUAUUUAGAACAGUAUGCCACUUAUCCCAUUACUGGCCAAACACAGUUUAAAGGGACAGUUCACUCAGUAAACACCAGCGCAUGUAUCUGUAGGAUAGGGCCAAAUAUAUUGUUUCUAGCUCUAGAUAAAAUUUCAUUUUAAUAUUAAAAUCCUUUCCAUUUUCUUGCAGGGUUAGUGUUGUGUCUGUCAUGCUGCCUAUAUAAGAAGAGAUUUAAAAAAAAAAAAAGUUUUGUUCUACUCAGCAAAAUUCUACUUUUUUCAGCCAAUAUACUCUUAGCAAGGAAGACCUGAGGCACCCUUAAGAACUGAGAAUCUGACUAAUUUAAACAGAUGGCUAAUCCCAGUGCUGUCUGCAAUGGACAUCUACACCAUCAUCAUCAGAAACAGAAUAACGUCUUAAAAAGUGGAAUCUAUAAGAAAAAUGGAAUUACUAAAGGAAUGAAGCAGAAUGGCAUAUCAAAUGGAACUGUCUACAAAAAAACAUUUAUUGAGCAAUUUGAACAGGCACCAAUGUAUGUCGCUGUUCUUACAUUCCUGGGUUUUGGAGUGGGAACAAUAUUUGGCUACCUGCGAGAUUUUAUGAGAGCCUGGGGACUAGAAAAACGUAACAUUGCUGAAGAAAGAGAACAACAAAAAGAUUUUGUGCCACUUUAUCAAGAUUUUGAGAAUUUUUACACCAGGAACCUCUACAUGAGAAUACGGGAUAACUGGAAUCGUCCAAUUUGCAGUGUCCCAGGGCCACAGUUUGACCUCAUGGAACGCGUUACAGAUGAUUACAACUGGACGUUUAGGUUUACAGGAAGGACUAUCAAGAAUGUAAUCAAUAUGGGUUCUUAUAACUACCUCGGCUUUGCAGAAACAGAUGUUAAUGCUUUGAAAACUGUGACCAGAGAGCUACAAAAAUAUGGGACAGGAAUCUGCAGUACCAGACAAGAAAUGGGCACCCUAGACAAACAUGUAGAACUAGAGAAACUUGUGGCCACCUUCCUUGGUGUGGAAGAUGCUAUGGUGUUUGGCAUGGGCUUUGCAACUAACUCGAUGAAUAUUCCAGCCCUUGUUGGGAAGGGCUGCCUCAUUUUAAGUGACGAGUUGAACCACACUUCUCUUGUUCUUGGUGCAAGGCUUUCAGGUGCUACUAUUAGAAUCUUCAAGCAUAAUAAUAUGCAGAGCCUUGAGAAGUUGCUGAGGGAUGCAGUAGUAUAUGGGCAGCCUCGAAGUUGCAGAGCAUGGAGAAAAAUUAUCAUCCUCGUGGAGGGCAUUUACAGCAUGGAAGGGUCCAUCGUGCGCCUGCCAGAGAUAGUCUCCUUGAAGAAGAAAUACAAAGCCUACCUCUACUUGGACGAAGCUCACAGCAUUGGUGCAGUGGGUGCAACGGGCCGAGGAGUUGUGGAAUACUUUGGUAUGAGUCCUGAUGAUGUUGAUGUAUUAAUGGGAACAUUCACAAAGAGCUUUGGCGCAGCUGGAGGAUACAUAGCUGGCAAAAAGGACCUUGUGGACUUUUUACGAACUCAUUCUCACAGUGCCGUGUAUGCCACAUCUAUGUGUCCACCUGUAGCAGAGCAAAUCAUCAGGGCAAUGAAAUGUCUCAUGGGACUAGAUGGGACAACACAAGGGCUCCAAAGAGUGUGCCAGCUGGGGAAAAACACAAGAUACUUCAGAAGAAGACUGCAUGAAAUGGGCUUCAUCAUUUAUGGCAAUGAUGAUUCUCCUGUUGUCCCCUUACUCCUUUAUAUGCCUGGUAAGAUAGGGGCUUUUGCAAGACGCAUGUUAGAAAAAAAUAUCGGGGUGGUUGUGGUUGGGUUUCCAGCUACUCCCAUCACAGAAUCCAGGGCUCGGUUUUGUGUGUCAGCUGCACAUACACGGGAGAUGUUAGACACGGUUUUGAAUGCUCUGGAUGAAUUGGGUGAUUUUCUACAUCUGAAAUAUUCCCGGUAUUCCAAGGCAUCUCAUCCCGAACUGUAUGAAGAAACUAGGCUUGAACUUGAAGAUUAAGUUUCCACCCAUGAAGAGAACAUUAUGGUGUUAUGAAAGAGGGGGUGAACCCAAAAAUGAAAAAAUAAGAAUGCAUUUCUUCCCUUCAAAGGACAACUUUUUUGUUUCUCAGUUAAUUGAAAGGAGGGGAAGCUCGGGUGUUGCAUUUUAUUGUAUCAAAAUUCUGUAUUCAAGAGACGGAAAUAUUGAUACAGAUUUGCCUCCCCAGGAGAUCUGUCCUUCUUAGGGUAUUUUUGGUGCAGAAUGAAUGCAUCCAUUGAUCGAGUUCCUAACGUACAGCUUUUGUUGUGGCCCCUUUUUAUGAAGAGGCUUCAGAUAGUCUUAAUUGUGACUGAAAUAAUAAAGCUUAAAAACUGAAUGUAUUCCAGUGUAGUAUGGUAAUAUAGCUGAGCUUCAUCAGUGAGAUUGACUUUUAUCUGUUAAAGAGCAUAAAUCAAGACAUUGGCGUGGACUACUACAGAGAAAAGAGCAGAAAGUAACCUCUUUAACUAAGUUGCCCUACCAUGCAUUUCUUCAAGGGCAGAAAGCGUUAGGAGGUGGCUAAUGCUAAGAACAAGAAAAGUAGCCUGAUCAGAGCAUGUAUUUUUGACAGCAGGUUAUGGGAAAGGGAAAAUACCUCCUCCCCUCCACAGACCCUUUCUCAGCCACUUAAGUAAACUAUAAGCUUCAUAAUGUACAUAUUCUUGUCUGUUUUAUGCAUAUCAGGGGUUAUUUUACUUGUCUAGUUGCAGACAUUUUUGAGUGGUUUCUUUUUCAUAUAAUUGAUUAUGUCAUCCAAGGGAUAAGAUGUCCUUGUGCCCUUUUCUACUGCCUGAGUGACAAAUGCUCAAAGAUACUUGAAGGAACUGUUAAAGCCGACAGUUUCCCUGCAAUGCCUGCAGCAGCAUUGUUGUCAGGCUUAUGUGGGCUGAGUUGUCUGAAGGAGAUUGAAGGCUUUUUCCCAUUUUUGCAACGUUGAAAAGCAGUUCUGUAGCUUUAAGAAUUAACUCCAAACCAUUCCACACUAUCAAAUGUCAUUGUAAACACAUCAGAUGAGAGAUGUUUAGCUUUCUGUUGCACAGAUGUACCACACUUUCAAGUUUUCUUGAAAGCUGUGGUGUAAACUUAACCCACAGCUGCAAUAUUAGAUUUAAGAACAGACCAAUUAAAUUGCAGAGUACUAAUUACACUAUAUUACUCCCUGCUUGUUAAAGCAGCUUUCAGGAUAUAACAAGGCUGAUUGGUUAUGAGGGCCCAUUUUUUGUUGGAUUUUUGUUGUUGUUGUUGUUGUGCAAGUUAAUAAAAAUCCAGUGGUGCUAUAACUUUAAGAAUUGA